AAAACUUUCAAGUCAGUAUCGAGCAUUCUCAUUUGCUCCUCUCUUAGCAAAUGAAAGAAACUCUUGUAUGCAUGCCUUCCUCUGUCCAUGUGAGUUGUGUUUGCCUGCUAACUACUAACUAAAGAAAAAAUCAUGCUUCGUCGAGAGGUGAGACUGAGGAGGGAGUACCUGUACAGGAAGGCCCAAGAGGACAGGCUCCGAACAAUAGAGGAGAAAAAACAGAAGCUGAAGGGAGCACUUGAUGAGAAUUGUCUUCUUCCAACUGAGGUACGCAAAGAAGCUCUGCAGCUACAGAAACUACUGGAGUAUGACGACGAAGGGGCAGAAGGCAUCAGCUCUCACAUGGAUGAUGAGUAUAAAUGGGCUGGAGUGGAAGAUCCUAAAGUCAUGGUCACUACAUCCAGAGACCCCAGCUCCAGACUCAAAAUGUUUGUCAAGGAGGUAAAGCUGAUGUUCCCUGGAGCCCAGCGCAUGAACAGAGGAAACCAUGAGAUCGCUGCACUAGUGCGAGCCUGCAAAGCCAACAACGUUACAGACCUCGUCAUCGUGCAUGAAACAAGAGGACAGCCAGAUGGCCUGGUGGUGUGCCACUUGCCAUUUGGACCCACAGCUUAUUUCACACUUUACAAUGUGGUAAUGAGGCACGAUGUUCCAGACAUAGGCACCAUGUCUGAGGCCUACCCCCACCUCAUUUUUCAGAACUUCACCUCACAGCUUGGCAAGAGGGUAUCGAAUAUCCUCAAGUAUCUUUUCCCAGUGCCGAAGGAAGACAGUAGGCGUGUAAUCACAUUUGCCAACCAAGAGGACUUCAUCUCCUUCAGACAUCACACCUACAAGAAAACAGACCACAAGAACAUUGAGCUGACAGAAGUAGGACCCAGGUUUGAAAUGAAAUUGUACAUGAUCAAACUCGGCACAUUGGAGAACGAGAGCACCGCAGAUGUCGAGUGGCGUCACCAUGCGUAUACACACACAGCAAAGAAAAGGAGGUUCCUCAGUGUGCAAUAGGAGCUAAUAAAGGGCCAAAAAAAGCAUAACCAAA